GUCGGUUUAAUUUUGUGUAAAUUUGUGGAUAUACGUCGAUUUUAACUGUAUUUAAGCAAAUUAUUAAAUUAUUAAGUUAAUUAAGGAUGACAGAAUCUAAUCAGAAUUUCUGUCGAGUAUGUUUCAUACAAAAUGACGAGAGUUUUACAAGCAUAGCUGGAACUUUAACUCAGAUGGAGUUACUUAGUGUAGGAAACAUUGAAGUGUUUGAGGAAGAUGGACUGCCAAACUUAAUAUGUAAAACAUGCAAGAUAAUUUUAUCGAAUGCCUAUAAAUUUAAGCAGCUAUGCAAGAGAUCAGAGACAUUACUUAAAGCUUUUGCAAUGACUGGUCAAAUACCAAAUAAACUCCAUAUAAUCCAGGAACCACUUCCGUCAUUCAAAAAAGAGGAACCAGUUAAACUUCCAGAGCCAAAAGAAAUGAAAUCAAUUGGUAUAGGAACAGAAAUAAUUAUGAAGUCUGUAAGUGUCGGAAUCGAGAUCCAGCAAAAAUCAGUUUGUGUUGGAAGUGAAUUAGAAAUUAAGGAAUCAUCCGUUCAAACUGAUACAAUAGAUCCAGAACCAACGAUUGAACAAAUGGAAAUGAUUUUAACGAAUGAAGAAGAGUCUUUUGAAGCAGUUCCAAUAAUUGCUCCACCAACAUUAUUUGAAGACGAGCAGCAACAAGAAUAUGCUAUAGCUAAGCCAGAAGAAACAUCCAGCAAACCAAAAAUUUUAAAGAAUGAAAAAGUAAAGAUAUUAAAUAAAGCAACACCAGACGUAUCCUCAUCUCCAGCUAAACAGUUUAAAAAGAAAAGUAAAGUAAAAUUGGAAAAAUCUAGUGACAGCAAGCCAACGAUAUUAAAUAGUCAAUUAAAGAUUUCACAAGUCGAUCAUCAAAUUAUUGAAACUAUAGAAGAAAUGCCUGAUGGAAACAUUGAGAUUAUAGCAUACGAUGAAGAAUAUUUGGAAGAAGAUAUUGACAAAAGGGAUAAUCAAAAAGUUGAGGAAAUGGAUAAAUCUGAGGAUGGUGUAGUCUAUUCAUGCGAUGUUUGUGAACGAGGGUUUCCUUUAUUACAGCAGCUUCAAAUUCAUAAAGAAAAUCAUACAAGAGCCCGUGAUCAUCCAUGUGAAUACUGUGAUAAAGCAUUCUUCACUAAAUAUGAUCUCGCUAAGCAUGUCCUGACUCAUACCAAACAAAAAGAUUAUACAUGCAUAGUCUGCAACAAGAGUUUCUCUAGAUCUACAUUAUUAUAUCGCCAUGAAAAAAUCCAUACUGAUCCUGAUAUUCAACGGUACGCAUGCUCGCAUUGCGAUCGAGUAUAUUUAAAUAAAUUAGAUUAUGAUAAACAUCAGCUCGUCCAUAACAAGAGUAGACCAUUCGCUUGUAAUUAUUGUGAUAAAAAGUUUGCGUUUAAACAAGGACUCGAGCGACAUGAGGUCAUUCACGACAUGCAGUUAAUGUCCCAUCCUUGUCAGUAUUGCUCUGAUCGCUUUAAAACGGCAGCUAGACUGCAGCGACAUUUGUCAUCUGCUCAUGCUGGUACCCGAGCAUUUCCAUGUUCAAAAUGCAAUAAGAGAUUUAUGCUUUCACACCACCUUUAUCGUCAUAUGAGAACAUCGCAUAAAAAUGAAGAUGAAGCUAUUACACUUCAAUGUCCUGAAUGUGAGGAGAAUUUCGAUCAACGUGAAGUGUUCUUUGAUCAUUGCCUUGAUCAUGCAACAGUGUCAUUAAUUUGUCCAAUGUGUAAAUAUGAAGGAGAUAGUAUUGAUGACAUAAAUAGUCAUGUUUUGUUACAUAGUAAGAGAGAUAUGUAUUUCUGUGACUAUUGUUCGUGUAUCUUCAUGUCUCAAGACGUCCUUAAUGAUCAUUUUGUUGAGAAGCAUUCCGAAGAAUUGUGUGGAAUCGAGGAAUAUAUUAUUGAAAAGUCAGACAAGACUCAAAUUAAGCAUGAAAUCGAUAAAACCUUUAAGACACCACAACCACCAAGUAAAAAGCAAAAGGUUACCCAUGAAGCACAAUAUAUUGAAAUUCCAAUGACUGCUGCAUCUUUUGUUGAAUAUGAUGAAGAAAGUUCAGAGCCAAUUAAAGUUGAGAAAACUCCUGCAAAGGUUGUGAAUGUUUCAAGUAAAAAGGAAGCUAAAACAUCACCAACCACAACUAUUCAGAGAGUAAAGAUGUCCUUAAGUGAGAUAAAAAGACUUCAGAAGGAAGGAAAGAUUGUAAUGCAAGACGGAAUGUUAGUCAUGAAGCAAUAAAUUUCAAUUGCAGAGACUUAGUGACUUGCCAUUUUAAUUGUUGAUACCAUCAAUAUUAAGUUUCUAAUUGAAAAAAGGUAGAAAAAUGGAACUGGAUACUCUUUUAUUUUAUCAGCUCCAGCUUGUAGACACUGACCUGCCAAAAUUGAAAAUCUUUUAAAAAUCAACCUUUGUGUUCGUGUGCAAAUAUCCAAUAAAAAUAAAACUAAGAUCAAAACAAGAUUUAAUCGUAUUUAAUCAAUUAUU